UAAAGAGAAAGAUACAGAGAGAUAGAGAAAGAUAGAGAGAGAGAGAGGAAGGCAGUUGGAAUGUUUGUUGUGGCAGCUCGCCGCUAGUUACAGGGUAACUAUCAGUCGGAACUGGAGCUGGCUAACUGGCUGGGAUUGUGCCGUUACCGUUAGCUAACAAUAUACAUAUGUGACCGACCCACUGUGCUGGGGUCGCAAGCUGCACGAAUUAUUGAGUGCCGCAAAAAGUAGUGCAAAAGUAAUUGUUGCGACGCACAGAACCCGUUGAUAGCCGUCGCCGUCGCCGUCGCCGUCGCCGUCAACGUCGCCAGAGACAAAGUGGCUGACAGUGCGCCCGAGUUGGCUGGUGUUAACCCGUCUAACUCGUUGGUUUUGGCCACUUAAUCCGCAACGCCCAGGCGCGUGUCGGCCGAGUCAAGGCAGCCAACUGGCGGCGCAGGCAACGGCCAGUUCUGAUUGGAACGCCACACAGCGCGGUACACCGAGCGCUCCACUUCGAGUUCCAAGCGCCACAAUCUCGACAGGAUGCGGUCCGCAUGUUGCAACAUCCUGCUGCUGCUCGCAUUGGCGACGGCGGCGACGACGACGACGACGACGACGGGCGGGCAGCAGCUGGAGCGCGUCAAGCGCGCCACGGUCACCCUGGACUUUGGCCUGCUGCUGCGCAAUCUGCUGCAGAAGAGCGCCGACUUGUCUAACGUCAAGGCGAACAUUACGCGCAACAUAGUUGCCGCCAAGACGACGCGCCGACCUCCGAUGAGGACGACCGCAAGCCCCACCACAGCGGCGCCACCACCACCGCCGCCACCGCCGCCACCACCGCCGCCGCGACGCAGGCCUCGUCCGUUUUAUGGACCCAGCUGGUGGCCACGCCCCUAUGACUACUAUCCGCAUCAGCCCUUCGACUAUGACUAUGACGUGGCACCGCCGCCGCCGCCAGCGCCGACAACAGCAGCGCCUCCACCUCCGCCGCCGCCGCCGCCGCAAAAACCUCCACCGCCAGCUGCCCCCGUGCCCAGACGCGUGCGUCCAGCCCCGCAUCCUUUGGGCUACAAUUACUAUGACUACGACUAUGACUAUGAUGCACCAGUCUUUACACGUCCACGCCCGCGACCACGCCCACAGCCGCAGCCGCAGCCCGCACCACCGCCGCCGCCGCCGCCGCAGCCAGCACCAACAGCGCCGCCAUCGCCGCCGCCGCCGCGUCGUCCACGUCCGCAUGCGCUGGCGCCUGCCCAGCUGGCCGAUCAGCUGAUCUAUCAGUACGCACAACCUGCCGGUAUCUACUCUAAGCCCCGAUCCUUCAAAGACGCCGUCGCUGCGGCUGCGGCUGCGGCUGAGGAUGAGGCUGGGACUGGGGCUGGGGCUGGGGCUGAGGCUGGGCCAGGCGAUGCGAAUGCCGAGACGGCAACAAUUGAUGAUAACAGCAGUUCCAUAAACACCGAUGACAACGAUCCAAGUGAUGAGGCUGAACCGACGAGCAAUCCAGAUCCAAAUCCAAUCCCCAACCCAAAUCCGAAUCCGAAUCCGAAUCCCAGCCAAUUUCUGGUCAACUAUCCGGACGAAACGCUGAACGUUAGACUGACGCAUGAUUCCCAGCAGCCCGCCAAAUUCAAUCCGUAUGAUCUGUCCACUGGCGGAGCCAACAGUCUGGGCUUCAAUCAUUUCAACAGCUUCAACAGCUACCCAACAUCCUCCUCCACCUCGCCAGGGUUGCCACAGCCGAGUUACUAUUUGCAGUAAGAAAUUUAAUGUGUAGUUUUUUUUUCCUCCAUUUUUUUUUUUA